UUAUUAAUGCUUGGCUCUGGGGGUAGUGUCACGAGUCACGAUCGGAUCAGUACAAAAUCUGGUUGCUUAUGCUUUCGUUGGUUUGUUUCACAAGCAGAGUUAGUAUUGGAAGCUGCGAGUGUGUCUGUGUGUGAGAAAGAGAGAGAUACUUACAGAGGGAAACCAAAGCAAAAUCUCAAACCACUGGGGAUAGAGAUAAAGAGAGAGGGACGUGUUGUGUUGUUUCUGUGAGUGGUGUGCACCAAGCAACGAAAGUGGCCAUAAAAUUCAACCUGGUUUCUCGGGAUUCUUAAUUUUCAUCUUCUUCUUCGCUUUUUGUCUCAAACAUGGAGGAGGUACCCGUCAUUGCUCCUUCCAAAGCUCUUCCUUUUCACUGCCUUUGAUCUGACGCUUCUCCCCAAUGUUUCGCUCUUUCAUGUUGCUUCCUGCAUUGAUCUAAAUGGGAUUUUCUUUUUGCUCUCUCAAUUUCAAUUGGGGUUUGUGCUUGCUGAAUUGGAGGGGGAUUCACUCAAUGUUUUUCUUUACUCACAUUGAAUGAUGGUAUUGGUUUCUGGGUGUAUUCAUAGAGGAUUUGCACGCUAAGCAUUUAGCUUAUUGGGUAGAGAAUGUCCAGGCCUCUACACAGAGGGGUACCUGUUCGGAUCCCUGAAAGAAACAAUGACUCGUGGGACUCCCAAUCCAAAGAUAAGACAGAAAAGGAAGGUUUUGAUAGAAGAUUUUCCUCUGCUCACCCCUCACCCUUGAGGUCUCCCUUUAGGUUGUUAUCAGAUAAUUCUAAUUCCAUGUUAGGUAUCACUGAGAAUGGUUUAUCAUCUGACCCCUACAUUAUUGGCACUCCAAGAAAUAGGCAUAAGUUGAUUCUUUUUUUCUUGAAGUUUAGUUUAGUGUUUGUAGUUAUUCUUGCUCUUGCGGGGUCUUUUUGGUGGACCAUCUCAAUUUCAACUGCGUCAAGGGGUCACAUUUAUCAUGGUUAUAGAAGACUCCAUGAGCAACUUGUAUCGGACCUGUUGGAUAUAGGGGAGAUAUCUUAUGCACCCUCAAGGCUGAAAGAAUUGGAAUUUUGUUAUAAGGAGUUUGAAAAUUAUGUUCCUUGCUUUAAUGUUUCCGACAAUCUAGCUCUUGGUUUUUCUGAUGGCAAUGAGUUUGACCGGCAAUGUGGCCAUGAGCUCAGGCAAGAUUGUUUAUUACUUUCACCACCAAAUUAUAAAAUUCCUCUUAGGUGGCCUACUGGAAGGGAUAUUAUCUGGGUUGCUAAUGUUAAACUCACUGCAGAGGAGGUUCUUUCUUCUGGAAGCUUAACCAAAAGGAUGAUGAUGCUUGAUGAAGAGCAAAUUUCCUUUCGCUCAGCCUCUCUUAUGUUUGGUGGUGUGGAAGACUAUUCGCAUCAAAUCGCUGAAAUGAUUGGGCUCAGAAAUGAAUCCAACUUCGUAAAAGCAGGGGUUAGAACAAUACUGGAUAUUGACUGUGGUUACGGUAGCUUUGGAGCACACCUCUUUCAGAAUCAACUUUUAACUAUGUGCAUUGCAAGCUAUGAGCCUUCUGGCAGUCAAGUUCAGCUUACACUUGAGAGGGGUCUUCCUGCUAUGGUUGCUUCUUUCAAUUCAAAACAAUUGCCAUAUCCAUCUCUCUCCUUUGACAUGUUGCAUUGUGCCAGAUGUGGCAUCGAUUGGGACCGAAAGGAUGGCACUCUCAUGAUUGAAGCUGAUAGACUUUUAAGGCCAGGGGGUUAUGUUGUGUGGACUUCACCGCUUACAAAUGCUCGUGACAGAGUUAGUCAAGAAAGAUGGAAGUUCAUACAAAGUUUUGCUGAAAAUCUUUGCUGGGACAUGAUUCCACAGCAAGAUGAAACUGUCGUAUGGAAGAAAACAAGUACAAAGGAUUGCUACAGCUCAAGAAAGAACAGUUCUCCCCCUCCUUUAUGUGGCAGAGGGUAUGAUGUAGAGUCUCCAUAUUAUCGAGAAUUGAAAAACUGCAUAGGAGGAACACAUAGCAGCCGUUGGAUUUCUAUUGAAAAGAGGGAAACUUGGCCUUCCAUAGAUCAAUUGAACAAAAAGGAUCUUGAACACUUUGGGUUGCAAUCUGAUGAAUUUUCUGAGGAUUCUGAGAGCUGGAGAGCAUCAGUCCAUAAUUACUGGUCUCUUCUAUCACCAUUAAUAUUUUCUGAUCAUCCAAAGAGACCUGGUGAUGAGGAUCCUCCGCCACCUUAUAACAUGCUAAGAAAUGUGCUAGACAUGAAUGCUCAUUUUGGUGGUUUUAAUUCUGCACUGUUGCACGCUGGAAAAUCUGUAUGGGUAAUGAAUGUGGUACCUUUGAAUGCACCCAACUACCUUCCCUUGAUCCUGGACCGAGGAUAUGUUGGCGUUAUGCAUGAUUGGUGUGAGGCCUUUCCAACGUACCCUAGAACGUAUGACUUGGUGCAUGCAGCAGGACUUUUGUCCCUUGAAUUCGCUCAGCAGCACAGAUGUGCGAUGCUUGACGUGUUCAUUGAAAUUGACAGGAUACUUCGGCCGGAGGGUUGGAUUAUAAUUCGUGACACAGUUCCUAUAAUAGAGUCAGCCAGAGCUCUAACGAAACGGCUAAAGUGGGAUGCUCGAGUCGUAGAAAUUGAAAGUGACAGCGAUCAGAGACUCCUGAUCUGUCAGAAACCUUUCUUUAAGAAACAGGCAAAUUAAUUCAUUAAAAGUCCAGAGUAAAUUAGACCAUAAUAUUCAUAUAUUCAUUUUCACAGUGUUCAUUUAUUAUCAUAAUGCUCCACCAUAGAAGGUGGGGAUUGAAAAUUUUGGACAGAAAAAAGAAAUCAUAGAGGAAACAGUGAAUUCUCGUCAAUGAUACCAUCCAACUCCUAUGUAGCCGUAAGGCAUAUAUACAUAGGGCCUUGUAAUUAUCAAACGAGGAGCAGAGCAGAGCAGAGCGGAUGAAAUGAAGAAAGUAUAUACUGGUUCAUUCAAUUUUUCAUGUGAUAUCUGGUUACAGUUACACACAUGAUGAUUUAAGAUUGGCAA